UCGAACUCGAAAACUCUCCCAAAAGGACAAACCCGAGAAACUCCCGCAUGUUCAAACGGAGGGUUUUGGAGAAUUAGAGUGUAAAAAAUCGCCACGAAUCAGAUUUCAAGCGGUUUAAUUAUGCACAACAUCGACUACUAGGAGGAUAUUUUGGGAGAACGGUAGUCAGGAAGCUUUUGAUUGGGAAUUGUUCCUUUUAGUUUGUAAUUCUGGAAAUAAUGUACGGCGAUUUUUACUGUGGAAUAUCGUGUUUGUAAGAUUGUAUUUGUGUAGCGUGAGUGAUUUUCAAUGGAGCAGCCUCUGGGUCAGGAUUCCACUCCUAUCGCUGGGUCAUUAGACAAAUCAAAGGUAUUAAAUGUAAGACCAUUGCGCCAACUAGUACCAGUGUUCCCAUCAGCACAAAAUGUGUCCUCUUUUUCGACUCCUCAAGGUGCUGCCCCAUUUGUAUGUGCUGGUCCUUCUGGCCCUUUUCCACCUGGGGUUGCUCCAUUCUAUCCCUUCUUCUUUUCACCAAAUGACCAACAUCAACAGACACCGGGUGGUACAAAUAGUAAUCAAUCUUUUGGCCUCAAUAGUCCCAUAUCAACUGCAGUUCCAAUAUCUUCUUUCAGGACACCUACUGAGGGUAUGUCAACACCAAAUACUGGCUCUAGGAAAAAUACCAGAAGCCGUGCCCAGUUACAAGAUGGGUAUAGUGAUACUCAAAAUGAUAAUGCUCAGUAUUAUGGCAUGGCUGUAAAUGAUGGAGAAGAUUCUAGUAAAUCAGGAAGAAAGAGCAAGGCAAAGAAGAAAACAAGGAAUGGUCAGGACAUUAAUUUUACAUCAGAUAUUGAUAUUGACGGAAUGCUUAAUGAUAUGGUUUCAUCAUACAACCUUUCAGUGUUAGAUUCAAAUCGGCAGGCCCAUGGUAGCUCUGAAGCAGUUUCAUGUGUACUCAUUGUAUUUGAUCUGCUAAGGAGGAGGAUUUCACAAGUUGAAGAGUCAAAGGAACCAACUCCAGGAAAUAUAAGGCGUCCGGAUCUUAAAACAGGUGCAUUUCUGAUGACCAAAGGUGUCCGGACAAAUAUCAAUAAAAGAAUUGGAGCUGUACCUGGUGUGGACGUCGGUGAUAUCUUCUUUUUCAGGAUGGAAUUGUGCCUGGUCGGUUUGCAUGCUCCAUCCAUGGCUGGUAUUGAUUACAUGGGUUUAAAGAUCAGUCAAGAUGAAGAACCAGUAGCAGUAAGCAUUGUCUCGUCUGGAGGAUAUGAGGAUGAUACGAAUGAUGCAGAUGUGCUGAUCUACAGUGGCCAGGGUGGAGUUAACAGAAAGGAUAAGGAAUCAACCGAUCAAAAGCUUGAAAGGGGUAAUCUUGCUCUAGAGAAGAGCUUGCAUCGUGGAAAUGAUGUCAGAGUAAUUCGUGGAGUUAGGGAUUUUAGUAACGCAACAGGGAAGAUCUAUGUUUAUGAUGGUCUUUAUAAAAUCCAAGAAUAUUGGGUAGAGAAAGGGAAAACUGGCUGCAAUGUAUUCAAAUACAAAUUGGUGCGAUUACCUGGACAGCGGGAAGCAUUCUUGACAUGGAAAUUAGUCCAACAAUGGAAGGAUGGGAAUGCAUCUCGAAUUGGGGUUAUAAUACCAGAUCUGGCUUCUGGAGCAGAAAGUCUACCCGUAUCGCUUGUAAAUGAUGUUGAUGAUGAGAAGGGCCCUGCAUACUUCACAUAUUAUGCUGGUCUCAAAUAUUUGAAACCAGUAUAUUCAAUGGAACCUUCAGCUGGCUGUAACUGUAUUGGUGGAUGCCUCCCAGGCAAUAACUGCUCUUGCAUGCAGAAAAAUGGUGGAUAUCUCCCAUAUAGUUCAAAUGGGGUUCUUGCGAGUCAACAAUCUAUGAUAUAUGAAUGUGGAGCCUCAUGUCAAUGCCCUCCUAAUUGCAGGAACCGUGUGUCGCAAGGAGGUCUCAAGUUUCGUCUGGAGGUAUUUAGAACUAAAGGUAAAGGCUGGGGGCUCAGGUCUUGGGAUCCCAUCCGUGCUGGAGCUUUUAUUUGCCAAUAUGCUGGGGAAGUCAUUGAUAGUUCAAGGGCAAAGGACUCUGUGGGGGACAACGAAGAUGGUUAUGUCUUUGAUGCCACACGUUCCUACCCGAACCUUGAAGUUAUGUCUGGUGAUUCUGAUGGACCUCCAAGACUCCCAUUUACCCUAGUUAUUAGUGCAAAGAAUGCUGGCAAUGUUGCUCGUUUUAUGAACCAUAGUUGCUCUCCAAAUGUAUACUGGAAGCCGAUUUUACGGGAAAAUAAAGGCGAGCACGAUAUCCAUAUUGCGUUUCAUGCGAUCAGACAUGUACCUCCGAUGAUGGAGUUGACAUAUGAUUAUGGGAUUGUCCCACCUGAAAGUGCUGAAGGAAGGAAGAUAAAUUGCCUAUGUGGGUCUUUGAAAUGCAGAGGCUAUUUUUGUUAGUUCUUUGUCAUGAAGGUGCAUUUCAGUACGGACGGAUCACCUGACUUGUGCUUUCUAAAAUAAGAUGAAAUCAAGGACCGACAGAGACACUAUCAGAAUAUGUACCAACUCAGGCGUUCAGCUCAUAGUGUUUUGUUGUUGCUGCAGCGGUAUCGACCACCCAGCUCUCUUUUGCAGAUGUCCAAAAUUCCCCCUCUUGUUGUAAGCUCUGUAACAUACAUAUUAAUGAUGUAGCUGCUCCUUUUCUCUAAGCCUUUAGUUAGAUGUUGUUGUAGUUGUGUUUAUGAUACAGCUGCAUCUUUCUCCAUGAGGGUUAGAUGGUUUGCCUUAUUAUCACUUGCCAUGAAUGCUUCUCUUGUAUGUGGAAAGAAAAUGGCAGGUUUCUGUUCAUUGUCAACAGCUGAUGCUCUAUUUUUCCGAAAAUGCUUUCUUGACUCUCCUGCUUUGGAUGAAGAUUCAAUUGUUUUUAUU